CCCCACCCCCUCCCCCGAAUGGGCGAAAGAAUCAGCAAUACUUGUAGAUUGCUUCGAGACAAUGCAACUGGCUGAUCCUGCCAAGGCCAUUGCUACUCUUACUAGCAAAUUCUUUGCAAAUUUGUCAAUGGCAUUUCAGUGUUAAAAACCACUAAACCUUUCACAGGUUUAUUGCUUUUGUAGUGUGAAGCUUUCUCAAAAUUGGGCAGGUGAUAUUCUUGUACUUGUCACUGAAUUUCCCAGAUUAGGAGGGAAUAGAGUAACUUUAUUUUUAAUGAGUGAUAUGUUUUUGUAUUUGAGGGCAGGGGAAGGGGGCAUAUACUCUUUUAGGAGGCCAACAGGAGACAAGACACAUCAUUGUGCAAAAUUGGUGACCUUGAUUUCAGUCAUUUAAUUUUGGCAUAUUAGAUCUGUAUAUUACAAAUAUUUUAGUAAUAGUUGUAUCUCGUGAUCCUAACUCUUUUUAACAAGCAGCAGUAUUUUUCCAGGCAAACCUUCAGAAGUAUAAUGGUGUCCUAAUGUCAAAAGCUGUAGAAAACCUUGAUAUUCAGCCUGAGGAUAAUGUUCUUGAAGUGGGAUUUGGUUCUGGAGGUGGACUGACUAGUGCAUUGAAGAAAGUAGAACAGGACAAUGGUAAAGUGUACGGCAUUGACAUAUCUGAACAAGUGGUUCACCUAGCCAAGAAAAACUUCAAGUCUUCCAUAGAGAGGCAUGAACUUGAAAUUCAUUUAGGAAGUGUUAUGGAACUUCCAUAUAGUGACAACUUCUUUGAGCGAGUGUUCCUUGUAAACUGUUACUAUUUUUGGCCUGAUCUGGAUCAAGGCAUUUCUGAACUGGGGAGAGUCAUGAAAACAGAUGGUUUGAUGGUCUCUACAUUUGUUCGAGACAAACUCAAUGAUUUUUCUAAGAAUGGGUUGUUUAAAUAUGCACCUCACUGGUCACCAGAAGUUUACAUUGCUAAGUUGUCAGAAGGAGGAUUUAGCAAUGUCUCCAUAGAAACUAAGAAAACAAAAUCUGGAUUUGCUUUUCAAGUUAUUUAUGCCUCAAAAUCAUAAGAAAUUAUAUAAUCUAACCCAGACCUUAAACCUUACCCUGUUUUCUACAUCAUGUUGCAGAAUGUUGAACUGACAUUCUAGCAUAUUGGUUUUAUGGCCAAGUUUGUUUUCCACCAAAACCUGGAAAAAUUGGAAACCCAACAUAAGUGUGAAAGUAGCAGACUUCUCAGGAAACUUUGCCAUUUGUUGCUUUGUUUCAAUCCUAAAUUUUAUUACGCUUUUUAAAGCUUUUUUAGGACUGAAUCUGUAGAGUGUAUACUUUUCUUCAGGAAAAUGAUACCAGUCCAUUGUUAGGUAGGUAGGUGGCUGUGAGUUGUCUUUAUUUAUACACGAAAAGGAAAGAAAAAGUAGAUCUUUGUCAGGGCUGUUGGAAUCCACAAAGAAAAAU